GCUACCCACGUGCCUUGCACGCAGGGGCAUUUUCGUCUUUUUAGGGUUUGUGUCCAUAUUUAAUGCCGUUACACCUUAAAUCUUAUAAAGAACACUGCAACCCUCUUUUCCUCUGUAUCCUCUCGUUCGUCUCUUCCCCUCGUUCGUCUCUUCCCCUCGUUCGAUCGAUUUCUUCCAAAUACAUAACAAUGAUCGAUAUUAAAUGCAAUUGUGGAGCCACUACAGUGAUUCGCACAUCUUAUAGCAAAAGAAACCCUGGGAAACUCUAUUAUGCUUGUACAGUAAAGGGACCAUUAUGCAAGUUCAUAGGAUGGGUGAAUGAUUAUGAUCAGGACUGUGAUUGUAUGGCGUUUAGGAUGAAACUUGAAGAACAAAAUCGCAAAUUGAAGCUUUACCUAGUUAUUAGCUGGGUUUUUUUUGUUUCAGUCCUUAUAUAUAAAGUGUAGGUUAAGUAAUGAAGUUGUUAGUAUUUUGGUAUGUGUAUAUUGUAAUGGAGACUCUUUGUAAUGUUAUUUGU